AUGUUGACUGAUGAAUCACGGAAAAGAGUUUACGACACUUUUAAAGUAAAAUUACGAGAAAACCAAGAGAAAGCAAUUAAUGCUGUGUUAUUAAAUCGCGAUGUGUUCGUUGGGACCGGCACCGGGAGUGGAAAAUCGCUGGUAUAUGAAAGCAUUCCUGUCAUAAAACCAGGUAUCGUCGUCAUUGUAGCACCUCUCUUGUCAAUAAUGAGGAAACAAGUUGAGAAAUUGAACAACUUUGGACUUGCUGCCACAUACAUUGAGAAAAACGUUGAGGAAAAUGAAAAAAUAGAGGCGGGGCAAUACGAUUUCGUUUUUGGUAGCCCCGAAAGACUGAUUGGUGAGAGGCGGUGGAGAGAGAUGUUCAAGUCAGAGGAGUAUAGGAGGCGGCUACAGUUGUUAGUUGUGGAUGAGGCCCAUACAGUAACACUUUGGGGAGAGGGAAGGACCAUCUUCGCUAGCCAAGGGUUUUCGGUCCACUCCGUUUAUGGGGAGCGGAGUGGACCGAAAACCCUUGGCUAG